ACUCAGCCAUUCUUGCUAAGAUGGCUGAGGGGGAGACUUAUCUUUUCCCAGUCCUGGUGGAGGGGAAUUGGGGCGGCAAUUUCUCUAAACGUCUGAAAAACAAGCUCCUAUGUUACUUCCAGAGUCAGAAGAGAUCUGGAGGAGGAGAGUGUAGAAUCCACGUGAAACCCGGCGAAGAGGAGCGGAUAACGGUGUAUUUUGCUAAGGAAGAAGCAAGACAGAGGGUUCUUGGCGUGAACAACCAUGAACUUGAUAUACCAGAAAAAAAGAAACUAAAGCUAACUGUUUCCCUGCCAAGAGAGGCAUCAGCAACUGUCGAGGAAGAGGCCUUGAGAGAACCAAAGCCAAGUCAGGAGCCUGUUCAAGCUAAAGAACCCAAACAGCCAGCCUGUCCAGAAAAUGUGGCAGGAGAGUUGACAGCCCAGGAGGACUUCAGUGUGGUGGUGGAGACAGCUGAGGGGGAGGAAAUCGAGGCGGAAAUUUUGGAGAUGUACUUUGAAAAUAAGAAGCGGUCUGCUGGGGGCCCCAUUACGUCCUGUGUUAAAGACAGCCAACAAUUUAUCAUCACCUUUGAAAAUAAAGCAGAUGCUCAAGAGGUUUUGCAAAGAAAGAAUCACUGUAUAAAUAAAAUUGCCCUUGAUGUCAGAAAGCACGAGCCGGAGAAGGCUCAAGAACAGCCACAGAUGUCAGCUUCUCUAGUUCUUGUUGAGAAUGUGCAAGAGGCCAUAGAGUCGUGCAUGCUAAUUUUGUUGAUAGAAAAUGUCAGUGGCUUAUCGGAAGAGGACAAUGACUUCAGCGUGGAAAUGGUCCCUGAGAAAGAUGCUGCUGUUAUCACUUUCAUCAAACCUACCGACACAGAGCAUUUUAUCGAAGUAUUCAACCAGUUCCAUAGGGUUAAGCAACUGAAAAUUUCUGCACGCCCUCUGGAGGUGACUAAAAGCAUUCUGGUUGAAAACAUUCCAUCUAGUACCUCCAAAGACUUUAUUGUUGUCUAUUUUGAAAGCAAGAAGUCUGGAGGUGGACCGGUAUUGGAUGCCAAGUACCUUCCUGAAGAGAAUUCUGCUGUGAUUACCUUUCAGGAUGGCAAAGAAAUAACUACUAUCUUGGGACGGAAACAUUCUUUUGACAAUGUGGCAGUUCUUGUUUAUCCAUACUAUGAAUCUUUGGGAGCAGCUCUGUAUGGGAAGGACAGACCACCCGUUAAGUUGCCAGAUCCAAGCACAAUGUCCAUAGAUCCCUACCACUGGCAAUUUUUACAGAAGAAUCCAUUGUUACUUCAGGAAAUAAGCCAUGAAAUGGCAGCCUGCUAUUGUGAGAUCAAAUGGCCCACUAGACACUCACCAUGUCCAGAAAUUAUGAUAUGCCCUUUGCGUGCCUUGUUGAAGCAAAAGCGAUCCUUGGCCAAGAACUGGAACAAAGAUGUUUCUACCCAGCUUACACAGAUCCUAUCAAAGCAAAAGGUUGUCAAGUGCAAAGUGGAUGCCGUGGUGUGGGAAGCCAUAAGAAACAAUGCAGUAAAAGAUGACAUUUUCAUUUUACCUGAUAUUCCCAAGGGAAUAGUUGUCUUGGUCGGGGCACCAGAAACUGUAGAUCAUGCAGAGCAAGAAAUCCAGGUGCUCAUAGAAAAUGCUAUUAAAAAGCUUGAAAGAGAGAGGCAAACUAUAGAGGAAACCAUGUCAGUUCCUGCUGGGAAGUAUACUCUUUUAAGUAAUGCUGGAUUUCAUGAUAGGGUAUUGGAGUAUCCAGAUCUGAAGAUUACUUACGAUGCUUCCAAAGAGUGUGUAACACUGCGUGGUGUUGCCACUGAAGUUUUUAAAAUGAAAAGUGAAAUCCUUGAAAGGCUAUCCAGAAUGGACCAGAAGACUGUUGACAUUCAUCCUUAUAUUCUCCUUUUCCUGCAACACGUAGAUAACAAGCAUCUGUCUCAACUCUUAUUCUGGGCCAAAAAAAUUAAUGCCUUCUAUGAGCUCAAGGGGGAGGCGGUUCUGCUGAUGGGAGGAGUUCCUCAGGAUCUUCUAGGAGCUGUGGAAGGAAUGAAGAAAGAUCUGGCCUACAAAUGUAUUCCACUGGAGGACAAUUCGAUCAUCAAAAAGAAAGAAUGGAUGGAACUGACUGACAGUUUGUACAAGGCGUGUAAUUGUUCCAACGAAACCAUUAUCAUUUAUGAAAUGGGGGAUGAAGUAGUCAUUGCAGGUUGUUCCAAAGAGGUGGCCAGUGCCAAUAAGAAGCUCUCCGAUUUUGUCGAUAGCAACACAUACAUACAAAAAGCUGUCAAGACUAAAUUUGCAGCAGUUCCAAUUUAUGUCAAGCAGGAGAAGCGCAACAGUUGGGCUCACAUGGAGAAGCAAGGUGUCAAAAUCCAUUUUGGCACAUGGACAAAUUGCAAACUGAUUUCCCUUGAAGGACCCAGAGGAGAAGUGCUGAAGGGAGUUGAGCUCUUUCAAAAUCUUGUGUCUUCUCUGCAUGCUAUACACACAGUCGUCGAUCGACCGGGUGCCAAAGCAUUCUUCAAAGAACAUGAAUACUUGUAUGUCAGUGGGGCAAAACAAAAAUUUAACUGUUUGAUCAGAAUUCAAGAUGCCGACGAAGACACCAGAGAGGAGGACGAAGGUGGGAAUGGCCCUGAAGAAAAAGGGCAGCUGUGCUGUGAAGUUAAACUAAAAGAUGGCGUUGUAGUUAUGGUUCAUAAGGGAGACCUGACCUGUUUUCCAGCUGAUGUUGUAGUGAACGCAUCAAAUGAAGAUCUGAAGCACAGUGGUGGCCUUGCGGAGGCACUGUUAAAAGCAGCCGGCCCAGAGCUACAAAAAGAGAGUGAUGAGCAAGUGAGGAAACAUGGACGUUUGAAGCCCGGCUGUGCAAUUAUCACAAGUGCUUGGAAGCUGCCAUGUAAACAGGUGAUCCAUGCUGUUGGGCCGAUAUGGAAAAGUUCUGAAACAGAGAAAUGUACACGCCUGUUAAAGAAAGCCGUGAGGGAAAGUUUAUGUCUGGCAGAAGCUUACAAUCAUUGUUCUAUAGCCAUUCCUGCCAUAAGCUCUGGGAUUUUUGGAUUCCCCCUAAAGAAAUGUGCCCAUGCCAUUGUAACAGCUGUCAAGGAAACUUUAGAAGAAUCUUCUGAGAAUGGCUGCCUGAAACAGAUAUACCUUGUGGAUGUUAAAGAAGAAACUGUUCAGGCUUUCUCUGAAGCCUUGAAUGAAGUGUUGGUCAAUGGAUCAUCACCAUCUAAACAGACCUCUGCCUCCAUAAUCGAGAACCCUACCGCCAAGAGUAGGCCAGAACAUCAAGGGUUAACUACUCCUGAAGGCCUGAAAAUCGUUGUACAGAAAAAGGGAAUUGAAGAUGUAACAACAGAUGUUGUUGUCAACAGUGUUGCCCGAGAUCUGCAACUUAAUGGAGGCGCCCUCUCCAGGGCUCUUCUGGCCAGAGCAGGAGGAGAACUCCAGGUGGAAUUAAACAAGCAAAGCCAAGGGAAAGACAUUAAAGAGGGCUGCGUGCUUAUAACCAACGGUCACGCUCUGAACUGCUCUCAUGUGCUGCAUGCCGUGUUACCCGCUUGGGAUCAACAAUCUGGAAAUAAGAUCUUGGGGAACAUUAUUGAAGAAUGUCUGAAUACCACUGAACGACUCUCUCUGAAUUCCAUCACAAUCCCAGCGAUUGGGACCGGUAACUUAGGAUACCCCAAGCAUCUUGUUGCUAAACUGAUGUUUGAUGAGGUGUUCAAAUUCAGUCAGAAAGGAAAUCCAAGGUCCCUUCAAGAAGUUCACUUUGUACUGCAUCCAAGUGACAUGAACACAAUCAAGGCAUUUACAGAUGAAUUAAACAGCAGGCUGUAUCCAGGCCGAACUAAGACUGUACCUGAGAGUUUCCAGCAGCACAAUCAAGCUUCUUCAACAAACGGAGUUCAUAAAAUGCAAAUCGGCCCAAUUUUGUUGCUGGUGGAAUGUGGAGACAUCACUCAAGAAGCCACAGAUGUCAUAGUGAACAUAUCCAAUCAAGCAUUUAACCUUAAUUGUGGUGUUUCCAAAGCAAUUCUGGAUGCAGCUGGACCAGAAAUGGCAACGGAAUGUGCUAAGCUAGCUCCCCAGGCUCAGAACCAGCUCAUAUGCACGAAAGGAGGAAAGCUGAGGUGUAAAAAUGUCAUUCAUCUUGUGACCAGUACUGAUAUCAAAGCACAAGUCUCCAAAGUUCUCAUGGAAUGCGAACAAAAGCAAUUCACCACUGUUGCUUUUCCUGCAAUUGGGACAGGUGAAGCAAAACUUGAUCCCUCUAUGGUGGCUGAUGACAUGAUAGAUGCCAUCAUAGACUUCACAAGUAAAACCUCUGCCCCAGUGGUAAAAGAAAUUAAAAUCAUCAUUUUCCAGCCAGAUCUAUUAAGUGUGUUUCAUGGAAGUAUGCAAAAAAAAGAAGUUACAUAUGGCAAGCCUGGGACACACUCAUCAAAAACCAUUUUAACUAGAGUGGCAGAAUUCUUUACCUUCAGGAAACCUGUAGAAAAAUUAAAACCUGCCAUGUUUUUGGAGAAAGCUGUGGAGCCGGCCAUUUUUCAGAUUUGUGGUGAGAGCCAGAAAAAUGUGGAAGAUGCAGCAUCUUGGAUGAAGGAUCUGAUUUUAAAGGACCAGACUGAAUUCGCUGUCACAGAUGAAUGGAUCUCAAACUUCGGAGAAAGCGAGUUUGAGAAACUGCGGGAGCUCCAAGCGAAGCUGCAUAUUGUCAUUAAACUCGAGCCUGGAGCUCCUGCUCCUUCCCUCCGCGUCCUUGGCUUAACCAGAGAUGUCCUGAAUGCCAGUUCAAGAAUUCAGAAGAUAAUCAAGAGCGUCCGGGAGGGCAGAGAAGAGCAGUCCAAGGCAGAGCUUCUCAGCAGCAUAGUAGAGUGGAGGUAUGAGUACAACGGGGAGUACAAAGCCUUCGACAUGACGACCAGUAUGUACAUAGAAGCUGCAUCACAAGAUUCGAGAGUGCUUGAAAUAACCAUAGAAAAUAAACGCUACAGAGUGGACCCAAGCAAUCUGUGUGCAGUGGAUGACAAGGGGGCAAGCAUUGCUCUUCGGCGUAUCUCAAAAGCAGAAGUCACAGCAUCUCCGGAGCAUUGGGAACCCAUGGGGCAAUCGCGCAUCAAAGUGGUGGAGCUAAAGCCAGACAUGAAGGAAUAUCAGACUGUCAAGAGGCAAUUUUGCCAAGGUUGCAAAUGCACUAUUGAAAAGAUCGAGAGGAUCCAAAAUCCCUACUACUGGCAGGCAUACCAAAUAAAAAAGCAGGAGAUGGAUGCGAAAAAUGGCAGUAGCAUUAAUGAGAAACUUCUUUUUCAUGGAACAUCCAGUGAAUCAUUAAAACUCAUAAAUGACUCUGGGUUCAAUCGGAGUUAUGCUGGAAUGCAUGCUGCUGCAUUUGGAAAUGGAACCUACUUUGCUGUUCAUGCCAGUUAUUCUGCCCAGGAUACCUAUUCAAAACCUGAUGCAAAUGGGACAAAGUACAUGUACCUUGCUAGAGUACUCGUUGGGGAAUAUUGUGCUGGAUCGGCAGGAUUGAUUGUCCCGCCCUCAAAGAAUGCAGCAGAUCCCACAGUUCUGUUUGACAGCGUGACUGAUAAAGUGGCAAAUCCUUCCAUGUUUAUCAUUUUCAAUGAUAUCCAAGCUUAUCCAGAGUAUCUCAUUACUUUUAGGAAAUAAUUCUAUAUCUACUUUCCCCUGAAAUCUCCCAUUUGCACUGAAACAUUUCCCCUGAAAUCUUGUAUAAAUGAAAGUUGGCUUGGACUACUUGGGCAAUAAACUUUCUUCUUUGAAGUUGAAAA